AUUUCCUUGACUCGUGUGCACAUGGUUUGAGCAUGUGAGUAUGCUGGUCAUUCUGCUAAACUGUGUGACUCUGGGCAUGUUCCAGCCAUGUGAGGACCUCAAGUGCCAGUCUGAGUGGUGUAUCAUCCUCCAGGUAUUUGAUGACUGCAUCUUCGCCUUCUUUGCUGUGGAGAUGGUCAUCAAAAUGAUAGCCCUGGGGAUUUUUGGAUCAAAGUGUUACCUUGGUGACACAUGGAACCGCCUGGACUUCUUCAUUGUCAUGGCAGGGAUGAUGGAGUAUUCAUUGGAUGGUCAUAACGCCAGCCUGUCAGCCAUCCGGACUGUGCGAGUGCUAAGGCCCCUGCGAGCCAUCAACAGAGUGCCCAGUAUGAGGAUAUUGGUCACUCUGCUUCUAGAUACUCUGCCUAUGUUAGGCAAUGUCCUCCUGCUGUGCUUUUUUGUCUUCUUUAUAUUUGGCAUUGUUGGGGUACAGCUCUGGGCGGGACUUCUUAGGAAUCGCUGUUUCAUGGCAGAUGACGUUAAAGCCCUCUAUAAUCUGUCAUUCAUGAGUCCAUACUUCAUGCAUGAGGAUGGUGAAGACAACCCCUUCAUCUGCUCCACCAAUAAGGAGAAUGGCAUGCUGCGUUGCCAUGAGGUGUCUCCUCUUAAGGAGGGGGAUGUGGAGUGCUCUUUAAAAGCACCUCCACAGGGACAUGCCUAUUUUGGCCUGGAUGGACCCAGCAAGAACAGCUGUGUUAACUGGAAUCAGUAUUACAGUGUGUGUCAUCCUGGGGAACUCAACCCCCAUAAAGGGGCAGUGAACUUUGAUAAUAUUGGAUAUGCCUGGAUUGCGAUAUUUCAGGUUAUCACUUUGGAAGGAUGGGUGGACAUCAUGUAUUAUGUUAUGGAUGCCCACUCCUUUUACAAUUUUAUAUAUUUUAUAAUGCUUAUUAUAGUGGGUUCCUUCUUUAUGAUCAACCUGUGCCUGGUUGUAAUAGCCACCCAGUUUUCUGAAACAAAGCAGCGUGAGAACCAACUGAUGCAGGAGCAGAGAGCACGCUACCUCUCCAAUGACAGCACGCUCGCCAGCUACUCCGAGCCAGGAAGCUGCUACGAGGAGAUGCUCAGGUACAUCAGCCACCUGUGCCGCAAGGUGAAGCGCCGCGCUUCCCGCAUCUACCAUGGCUGGCAGAGCAAGCGCAGAAAGAAAAUGAACCCCAACAGUGGGCUGGGUGGAGGAGGAGGGGGUGGAGGUGGGGCUAAUGGUCACAGCAGGCACAGAGGUGGUGGCCACUGGGUCCGCUCCAUACACAAUCUCAUCCAGCAGCACCAGCGUCAGCAUUGUCACCUCAGCAAUGGCAGCCCCAGCCCUCUUGCUGCUACGGGGACUGGCGAGGCUCUAGAAAUGAGGUCCAUCACAACGGGACCACAGCUUACUGUGUCCUCUCAGCUAACCACUGUGCAGAAUCUAUCUUCCAGGACUCAAUCUGUGCACAGUAUCUAUCAAGGGGAUUUUCACGUGACCCCGCAAGUGCGAACGAACACUGCUGGUGAGCCCACACUUCCAAGAUUAAACGGGGGCAUGAAUUAUCCAACCAUCUUGCCCUCCUUCAUCUGCAGCUACACUGCCAGCAACCCUGCAGGUAAAGGGAGAGUGGAGUCCAACACCAAUACAGGAUGUGAUGCGAUAUAUCCCUUCGAGAAGCUGCAACAACUCCUGGGAGAACACAGUCACAGUCAUGUGCUGCUGCAGAUGGCUGGUGUGGUGCCCAGUCCUCUACUCUUUGAGCUCUUGAGCUGCCCGUUUUGUGUUAGGGCUCUGGAAAACAUGGACCUGGAGCUUAGUGAUUCAGACUACUCCAGGUCAGAAGGGGAUGUGGUGUAUGAGUUCUCCCAAGGAGCGGAGUUUAAACCCAGCUGUUCAUCCCGUCACAAAAUACUGGAGGAGCGUAACCACUUGCCGCAGUACUGGCAUGACUUCCGGGACAGACUGAAUCGCAUUGUGGAUAGCAAAUACUUUAAUCGAGGAAUUAUGUUUGCCAUCCUCAUCAACACUUUAAGUAUGGGGAUAGAAUACCAUGAGCAGCCUGAGGAGCUGACAGACAUUCUGGAGAUCAGCAAUAUUGUCUUCACAAGCAUGUUUGUCCUAGAAAUGCUCUUCAAACUGCUGGCCUUUGGUAUCUUCGGCUACAUCAGGAAUCCAUACAACAUCUUUGAUGGGAUUAUUGUAGUCAUAAGUGUGUGGGAGAUCAUAGGACAGGCAGAUGGAGGUCUUUCAGUGCUGAGAACAUUUCGACUUCUGCGUGUCCUCAAACUGGUGCGCUUCCUCCCUGCACUUCGCAGACAGCUGGUGGUCCUCAUGAAGACUAUGGACAAUGUGGCGACAUUCUGCAUGCUGCUCAUGUUGUUCAUCUUCACUUUCAGCAUUCUUGGAAUGCACCUGUUUGGAUGCAAAUUCAGCCUAAAGAUGGAGAAUGGAGACACAAUUCCAGACAGGAAAAACUUUGACUCCCUGCUGUGGGCCAUUGUCACUGUGUUUCAGAUUCUGACUCAGGAGGACUGGAAUGUGGUUCUCUACAAUGGAAUGGCUUCCACCACGCCAUGGGCUGCUCUUUAUUUUGUGGCUCUGAUGACUUUUGGGAAUUACGUGCUCUUUAACCUGCUGGUGGCCAUCUUAGUGGAGGGAUUUCAGGCAGAGGGGGAUGCUAACAAAUCGGACGUGGAUGAGGAAAAGAGGUCGGUGAAGUUUGAAGAGGAGAAGAAGAUGGGGGAAUUACGAGCCACAGAAUUGAAGAUGUACUCUCUGAUGAUGUCAGCGAAUGGCCAUGUGGAUCCUCGAGGCACUUUGCCACCACCAGUCAUCAUGCGCACUGCCGCCACACCCAUGCCCACUCCAAAGAGUUCUCUUGGCCCUGAAUCAGUGCUUGGUUUGAAGUCAAGGCGGGGUAGUGGGGUCUCAAUAGAUCCAAAUGCCUUUGAUCAGAAAUCCCUGACCAGCCCAAGAAGAUCUCCCUGCCAGCCCCGUGGCUCAGGCAGCAACUGGGGAAGCCGCAGGUCAAGUUGGAAUGGUUUAGGGCGAGCGCCGAGUUUGAAAAGGAAGGAUGCAUCUGGAGAAAGAGAGUCUCUGCUGUAUGGGGAGGGUAAGGGCAGUUUUGAGGAUGAAAUCUCAGAGGGCGAGAAAAUGGGCAAUACCAGUGGGGGCUCAUUGCAGCACCCCUGCUCUCUAGAUAUCCCUGAGCUGCACCAGAGCCUCAGCUUGAGCCCGUUAGGAGAGUACCAUGACUGUAAUGGAAGAACUCGGCACCUUCCCACUGACCUUCCAACCACCCUUGGCAAAGAAGACUCUCUUGCAGAGGAAGAAUUGGAUGAUAGCUUCUGUUUACGUCUAAAGAAAACACUGGAAGCAUUUAAACCUAAGUGGUGCAAAGAUCAUGAAGAUUGGUCACUUUAUCUGUUAUCUCCUCAGAACAAGUUUCGGAUGGCAUGUCAAAGGUUAAUUUCUCACAAGAUCUUCGAUCAUGUGGUGUUGGUAUUCAUCUUCCUGAAUUGUAUCACCAUUGCUCUAGAGAGGCCCAAUAUUCAGUCAUCUGAGCGGGUAUUUCUCAGUAUUUCUAAUUAUGUUUUCACUGUGAUCUUUGUUGCUGAAAUGACUGUGAAGGUGGUGGCCCUUGGCUUCUGCUCUGGGAAGCACAGUUACCUACAGAGCACCUGGAAUGUUCUGGAUGGUGUUCUAGUCUUCGUCUCUCUCAUUGACAUUCUGGUCUCUCUGGCUUCCACGGGUGGGAACAGAAUCUUUGGCAUCCUAAGGGUUCUUCGUCUGCUGAGAACUCUGCGGCCUCUCAGAGUGAUUAGUCGUGCUCCUGGACUGAAGCUGGUAGUGGAAACACUAAUAACAUCUCUUAGGCCCAUUGGGAACAUUGUGCUGAUCUGCUGUGCAUUCUUUAUUGUCUUUGGCAUUCUUGGAGUUCAGCUCUUUAAAGGAAAGUUUUACCAUUGUGAAGGUCUCAACACCAAAAACAUCACCAACAAGUUUGACUGUCUUCAAGCAAACUUCAGAUGGAUUCGGAGAAAGUACAACUUUGACAAUUUGGGACAGGCUCUUAUGUCACUGUUCGUGCUAUCCUGUAAGGACGGAUGGGUGAAUAUAAUGUACGACGGUCUGGAUGCUGUGGGGGUGGACCAGCAGCCUGUGCGCAACCAUAACCCCUGGAUGCUCCUCUACUUUAUCUCUUUCCUCCUGAUUGUCAGCUUUUUUGUACUGAACAUGUUUGUGGGUGUGGUGGUGGAGAACUUCCACAAGUGUCGACAGGACCAGGAAGAAGAGGAGGCACGUAUGCGCGAGGAGAAGAGGCAGCGGCUCCUGGAGAAAAAGCGCAGGAGUAAGGCGAAAUGCGGGUCUGAGGCCCAGCAGAGACCGUACUAUGCAGACUACUCUCCAGCCCGCCUGUACAUCCACACACUGUGUACCAACCACUACCUGGACCUCUUCAUCACCUUUAUUAUCUGCAUCAAUGUGGUCACUAUGUCUAUCGAGCAUUACAAUCAGCCUUUGUACCUUGAAGAGGCACUGAAAUACUGUAACUAUGUCUUUACCAUCGUCUUCAUUAUUGAGGCUUUGCUCAAACUUGUGGCUUUUGGCUUUCGGAAAUUCUUCAAAGACAGAUGGAACCAGCUAGAUCUUUCCAUAGUUCUGCUCUCUAUCAUGGGCAUCAUGCUGGAGGAGAUCAAGAUGAACGCAGCAUUGCCAAUCAAUCCCACCAUCAUCCGAAUUAUGAGAGUGUUGAGGAUAGCCAGAGUACUGAAGCUUUUGAAGAUGGCUACUGGCAUGAGAGCCCUGUUGGACACAGUAAUGCAAGCUUUACCACAGGUGGGAAAUCUGGGCCUGCUGUUUAUGCUCCUCUUCUUCAUUUAUGCAGCACUUGGCGUGGAGCUUUUCGGGAAACUAAAAUGCAAUGACAACAACCCAUGUGAAGGAUUAAGUCGUCAUGCCACAUUUGAAAACUUUGGCAUGGCCUUUCUAACAUUAUUCAGAGUGUCAACAGGGGACAACUGGAAUGGUAUAAUGAAGGACACUUUGCGGGAGUGCACUCCAGAGGAUAAACCCUGCCUCAGCUACCUGCCCCUGGUCUCCCCCAUUUACUUUGUCACAUUUGUGUUGAUGGCUCAGUUUGUGCUUGUUAAUGUGGUGGUGGCUGUACUGAUGAAACACUUGGAGGAGAGCAAUAAGGAAGCUAAGGAAGAUGCAGAAAUGGAUGCUGAGAUUGAGAUGGAGAUGGAAAUGGCUCGGCGUCUCAGCAACGUCUCAGCAGCGAGCUCUACAGGGUCUGAUGGAAGGGCAACCUUUGUAGGACUACACCCAGAUUCACCUGAAGAGGAUGAGGGGAUGCACAGAACCCAGGAGAAUAUGCUCUCUCCACGAAAAAUCUCAGUGUUAAGGAUGCACUCUUUGCCCAAUGACAGUUACAUGUUUCACCCUGUGAGGCCGGCCAGUAAUCCAUAUCUGCUUGAAGAGGUGGAACCCAGUCAAGGGUACAUUGAAUUAGGCUCCAUCACCUCGGUUCAUUCCCAACUAUGUGAGGGCCAUUCCCUGCCCCAAGUCCCUGGUGUUCCUCCCCAUUCCCAGUUCAACAUCUGCCUCCCCAGAAUUCCCCCUCCCAAGCCCUCUCCGACCCACAGUAUAGGAAGGACUCUACACAGACAGGAGGCAAUGAAAAAUGACUCAAUUGAUGUGCAAAGUUUCAGCUCCAAAGACAAUCUUCACAGACAAGCAGGAAUCACUACAGGCAGCUUGACGCUGCCUGUCCCACGGAUUUACAGUCCCAGCAGCCCCCAGGUGUCACCCUUACCACGUGGUCCGAGCGUCCGCACCUUCCAGCACCCCCACAGCCAGCACAAUAUCUCCUCUCGACCUUCCAGUCAGGCCAGCAGAAGCACCAGCCCCAGAGGCUCUAUGUUUGACUCAGCUGAUCCGACAGAUGAGGAGGUCCGCCACAUCAACAGCACAGCACAGCUGUGGGCAGGGGUCCAGCCAGAAGCCCGGAGUCACUCACUGUCUCCUUAUGCCACCUCAGGGAUGCUGCUUCCAAUCCCAGUGAAGAACUGCAGCAGUGCUGCCAACUUAGGCGAAUUCAAAGAUAAAGACCCGAAGAAGUGCUUCAGUGUGGACACUGAGGGUUUUCUGGAAAAACCCUUCAGUACCGAUGACCAUCGUAGACACUCGAUUGAGAUUUGCCCCACAGUAGAUGAUAAGCUAUUUGUUCAAGAACUAGGUGAAAAGAAGUAUCCUCCAACACGUGGAAAGUCCUUGCACAUUCCCAGGAAGAAAAAAAUGAGCCCUCCUUGCAUCUCCAUAGAGCCCCCGUUUGAAACGGAGGCUCCUGGGUCUCUUGCAUCCAUGAAAAAGCUGUCAGAGAGCAGCAUGCUACUGCGGAGGAGGACACCAUCCUUUGACCUGACCCUGCAGCGGGACUCUCUGGGUUUGCCGGAGAGCCAGCUGUCCACCCAGCCGCUCAUCAAAGUAGAGCGUCAUCCCUCUUACUGUGCCGAGUAUUUGUCCCUGCCGCACCCCACUCCCAUGGGCGGUCUGGCAGGCAUUCUGUGCGAGAGCACACAGCCACCCCCCUUCGAUAGCAGAUUUGAAGAAUCCACAGACUUCAGCUCAGUAAACAGGACAGCCCAAUAAGAGACAUCACAGGAGAAAUGUGGGUGGCUUUAUCCAAAUGUUACCGUCUGCACUCAAGGGUGUGGCAACUAGUUGAACGGGGGACAUCAACCUCUUUCUGUAGCCAAAGUUUAUUUCUUUGUUUCUUUUUCAAAUGUAAUAUCAACCGACAGCCGAUCCUAGUUGGGACCGCUUUUGAUUCGACUGUGAUUGGGCAAGUUGUUGAACAUGGGAUAUGCAAUUUCAGGUUUCCAAAUGGAACUCUGGUUCUUAAUUUAGUCCCAGUGCUCAAUCACAUUGAUUUGAGUUCAGGAUGUGUAGUGUUACAGUAUGUUUCCUCUGUAUGAUAUUUGUCAGUCCUUCCUCUCUUGUCAUGAACAUUGCUAAUGUUUUCUGUACAGAUAGAGUAUACAGAUUAAAAAGACUAAUAAGAACUGUACAUGUUAUGUACUUUAUUAACUCAUGGUGUGUAAAAGAGAACAUAUUGUAUUAGUGAAGAAAUAAGCACUAUUCAUAUGCACAUAUUUUUUAUAGAAAUCUAUACUGUUUUUGCACAUAUCCGUUUGAACUUCAAGUUGAAUCUUCCUCUGUUGUCUUCUUGUGAAUGUAAAUUUUUUUAAUCAAAUAGCUGUGGUAUCAAUUAUAGUCUGUUUAGGCCUACAUAUAUUGAGAGGAUUCUUAUUUUUCUAUUGGGAGGCGGGGGUCUGUCAUGUAUAGAUCCAAUGAAAACCAAACUUCCAAUGAUCUGUAGCCUGAGUGCAAUACACUAUAAAUGUUUCUGUAAGUUUACCCAGUUAGGUUAAUAACUUUUUAACCCUUGUGCGACCCUCGGGACAUUUUUGUCUUUUUCAUUUUUGUUUUUUCGAUCAUUUUGUCUGUUAAUGCCAAUGGCAUUCAUUUUGCCAAAGGUGUGUACUUUUGGGGGAAUUUUUAUAUUUCAACCUCAGUUCCUAUAAUAUAUCUAUAAUACACUGUGUACACAAAAUAGCUACACUCAGGACCUUAAGGACAAAAAUGUCCCCAUAGAAACCCAUUAAAACUGCAAUAUUUGAUCACAGUGCCAUUGAAGCAUGAAAUCAUGAACUCUAUGAAAUUAUGCUUUCAUUCCGGAGCCCUGGUUUCAAAAUGUACGUUUUUAAUAUUUUUCACCAGAUGGCAAUUUUUCUCAUGUUUUGGAGCAAAUGCAUGCUUUUUUUUCCUAUUUUCGGUUUCCUGUAUUAUAGAGCACUGCAGGCCAAUUGAAUAAAUGAUGCAGCUAAAAUUGUGUGUGUGUGUGUGUGUGUGUGUGUGUGUGUGUGUGUGUGUGUGUGUGUGUGUGUGUGUGUGUGUGUGUGUGUGUGUGUGUGUGUGUGUGGGUGGGUGGGUGGGGGUGUUAAAAACAACAGUGGCACUGUGUCAACAAACUGGCAUUUAAAGGGUUAAAAAUUGAAAAUGAAUGAAUAUUCAGGACUGAUGUUGGUUAAAAAUUCAGUGAAAGUGGAAAAUAAUAUUAAUCUAAUUAAUUUUUAUGGCAGUUUUUUGACAUACAUUUUUGUCCUCUAAGGACCUCUGAGUAAUUUUUUUUUUAUUGACGCACAAGGGUUAACUGAAACACAGCCAGUAAGGUGAAUCCCACACAUACGCAACCCUUUACCAUGCUCAGGUUCAUCUCAAAAUGUAUAUUAAGAUUUCCAUCACACUCUACAUUAUGUCCUAAUUUAACAGCAACAUAACCUUUUUUAACUUUUUUGUGGCCCUUGGCUUUGGCACAAGUUGCAUGUGAAGGACAGAGUAAUACAAAUGUAAAUGUGACCUUGUUCUGUUUCUCCCGUAGUUCAAACUUUAUAACUGUCAUAGGAGAAGAAUAAGGGAGUUCAUAUCAGCACAUAUCUGAUCUCCUUUUUAAUUUAUUCAGCUUUGAAAUGGUACAUCUGGGUUUGUGUCCUCAGAAAAGAGUGAGGCGCAGUGCUCGAAGUGGGGUGGUAUGCAGCGGUACAACACUUCUCAAAGUCUCCUGGUACGAUGUAAUAUUUUUAUUUAAUGUAAGUCAGUUAUUUGAUCUGCCAAUCACUUUUAUCUGAACUUCCAAAUGAUUUUGAUCAAAUUGCGGUAAACUCCCAAACGCUCUCUGCACAAAACUUAGCGGUGAGUUUAACAACACUCGACACGUGCAAAAGCAUCGGUGCUCGUUAAACGAUCCGUGGUCCAGUUCCACAGGAGUGCGAGUGAAGCUCGUCUGGGCAAAAAAAAAAAAAAAAGCUUGUCUGGGCAUAGUUCAGCCUCGCUCUUCUCCAAAACAUGAACCUGCAACUUUUGGGUGAGCACAUUUUAUCGCAUCUUAUUCACUCAAAUGUACUUAUGCAAAUUGCUUAGCUGCUGGGUGCAGUCAAAACUACAGACUUUAAAAAAAAGGCUGUUACAGAAGUGAUGUCGGCUCAUAUGCACAACUUUUUUUUUUCACAAGAGGCAAAACGAUGAUGAAAACAGAACCUUCAUAGAAAAUACACGGGAAAAUGUGCUUUUAUUCUCAAAAUAAUUCUGCAGUGCUCGUAAAAAGAUUAUGUGAAAUGUCACUGAACUUGCUUCUGUGUGCAUCCUGACAGUGUUUGAUUCUACAUCCUCAAUCGUUCUCAAUCCUGAACAUCAUCAAAUCAGUUUUUUCACCAUUUCUAUUGAUUAUUAUCUGCACAAGUAUCUGGCUCCAGUGUGCAAAUGAAUGUGUGCAGGAUAAGGAAAGCAAAUUGUGCCUAGAAGGGAGGAUAAUUAAAAAAAAAAUGUAAGAAGAAAAAACAGACAUUAUGCUCUUUUUCAGUUUUAGGCAACAUUUAUUUUGUGUAAAAGAUAGUUCUACAUUAGAUUGCCAUUGUUCUCAUAUGUGUCUUGAUAUUGAGAAAGAUACAGACUUUAGCGCAUCUAAAUAUUCUUUCUCAGCUUACAGAGACAAUAACCCUUUGUAUGUUUUUAUUUUCAAAGUACAGCUAAUCAAACCCUAUCUGUUAGUUGAGGAUGUAAGGCCAUAUUUGUUCUUCAGCAAGAUCUUAAGAAGGAAUUUACGGCCAGACUUUGAAAAUGUAAUUUAAAUACCUCUUUUAACGUAAUUAUAUACUACUUUAAUGUAAAUAAACACAUUAUUAACAAUUUUGUUUUUACAUGUUAACAUGAUAGUUACAAUAAAAGUGAGGAGAAAAAAAUCAUGUUUAAUACUAGCAAGGAGAGUACCUGCACUUUUUUUGAAAGAAACACAAAGGAACGUUUUGGUUCUUGAAUUUUGAAGAGGUAUCCGUGUUAUUCAUGUAUAGAUCAACUAAGCCACUGUUUUGGCAAAUCACAAGUAAAAUCCUCUUAUUUAAAGUGAUAUUAGGCUAAUGUGUGCAUUGUUUCAUUUCCUAAAGAGCCACAGUUUUGCAAAAGGAUCGUUGAUUGAGUUUUUUUUUUAUUUUAUUUUUUAUUACUGUUGGACAGAGCAGUAUCUUAAUGCUAAAAGUGUUUUUAAACACUUUCAGCAUGAUAUUAUUAGCUGUUUAUAUAUAUAAACAUGAGCUUUUGUCAUCUAGCAGCCUAAUGCCCUUAACCCUUCAAUAAAUACUCAAAGUGUUUUCUUCAAGCUUUUAUGAUGACAGUCAUUUCCUGCUACUAAAACAUAUUCAUUUUAAGCAAACUGUCUGCAAUAAGUUUGAUUUUUUUUUGUUUUUAUAAGACUUGGUUGAUAAAACAGAAGUGUUUGAAAAGCUAUACAAUUGUAUUGUAUGUUUUAUUCUGUAAUGAUCACAAGUGAUCUGAGGGAUA